ACCGUUGGCCGGUGGGCGCCAUAUUGGAGUACAACUAUUGUUAUAAAAAGAGACGGGGCUGCUGUUAGCUGAGUUUAUGUUUUCUUCAAGUGUGGUUUAAAACUAUACGGUAUUUUCUACGAAGGGUCAUGAGAGAAAUGUCAGCAGUUAGUGCUGCUAAUGUAAAGUCUGAGGUGAAGAUGAUGGGUUGAGCUGUGACACAACUUUUAUAUUCGGGAAAUAAUAUGCUUUUUGGGCAGCAGCCUCAGAAACACUAUGGCAUCACAUCCUCAAUCAGCCUGGCCUUUCCCCGGGAUAUUGACCACCUGUACACUCAGAAACUCAUAGAGGCCAUGAAACCUUUUGGAGUGUUUGAGGAUGAAGAUGAACUUAAUCACAGGCUUGCAGUUCUUGGUAAACUGAAUUCAUUUGUCAAGGAGUGGAUUGCAGAGAUCAGUGAAUCAAAGAAUCUGCCACCUUCAGCUGUAGCAAAUGUUGGGGGUAAAAUCUUUACCUUUGGGUCAUAUAGACUGGGAGUGCACACAAAAGGUGCUGAUAUAGAUGCCCUAUGUGUGGCACCUCGUCAUGUUGAAAGGAGUGAUUUUUUCACAUCUUUUUUUGAAAAACUCAAACAGCAUGAUGAGAUUAAGGACCUGCGGGCUGUAGAGGAUGCAUUUGUGCCAGUGAUCAAAUUCAAGUUUGAUGGAAUCGAGAUUGAUCUUCUUUUUGCAAGACUUGCUCUACAAUCAAUCCCAGAUAACCUGGACCUUCGAGGAGAUUCUCUGCUCAGAAACCUGGAUAUUAGAUGUAUUCGCAGUUUAAAUGGUUGUCGUGUUACUGAUGAAAUCCUUUACUUGGUGCCCAACAAAGAGAACUUCAGACUUACUCUACGGGCCAUCAAACUGUGGGCUAAGCGUCGUGGAAUUUACUCCAACAUGCUUGGCUUCCUGGGUGGUGUGUCCUGGGCCAUGCUGGUGGCCAGAACCUGUCAGCUUUACCCAAAUGCCGUGGCUGCCACACUUGUGCACAAAUUCUUUCUUGUCUUCUCCAAAUGGGAGUGGCCAAAUCCUGUCCUUUUAAAGCAACCAGAAGACAGUAACUUGAAUCUGCCAGUCUGGGACCCGCGGGUAAACCCAUCAGACAGGUACCAUUUGAUGCCGAUUAUCACACCUGCAUAUCCCCAGCAGAAUUCUACCUACAACGUGUCCACCUCCACCCGCACCAUUAUGAGCGAAGAGUUCAAAUAUGGCCUUGCUGUUACAGAUGAAAUCCUUCUGGGUAAGGCCGAAUGGUCCAAGCUGUUCGAGCCACCAAACUUUUUUCAAAAGUACAAACAUUAUAUCGUGCUUACCGCCAGUGCAUCCACUGAGGACAACCACCUAGAAUGGGUUGGGCUGGUUGAGUCAAAGAUUAGAGUUCUGGUUGGCAAUUUGGAGCGAAAUGAAUACAUCACUCUUGCUCAUGUGAAUCCUCAGUCUUUUCCCUGGUCAAAGGAGAGCCGUAACGACAAUGAAUUUGUUUCAAUGUGGUUCAUUGGAAUCAUUUUCAAAAAGUUGGAGAAUGCUGACUGUGUGAACAUUGAUCUAACCUAUGACAUCCAGUCCUUUACAGACACUGUCUACAGGCAAGCCAGUAAUAUUAACAUGCUGAAGGAAGGGAUGACCAUCGAAGCCACACAUGUGAGGAAGAAGCAGCUGCAUCAGUACCUACCUGCUGAGCUUGUACACCGAGGGAAGAAGAAGAGCUUGGGAGAUCUAAAUCGCAGUUCAAAUGGUGGUGGUUCUAAACGUUGUUCACUGGAUGGAAGUCAGCUGGAUAGUUCCAGAGACACUGAUACAGGCACCCCUUUCAGUUCUCCUACCCCAAUCAUCAAAAGCUGCAAGUCCGCUUCAACACCUGAUGACAGCAUUACCUCACCCAAGCCUUCAGUUCCCAUGUUUGUGGACAGCUCUCCAUCCUCUGAGCCAUCUCCUCCAAUGAUAGGGCCAGGAAUGUCGAUUCCAGUAAUUGGCGCUAAUACAUCAGUUCCCCAUGUGGCCAAGCUUACUGCACCCGUUGCAGGUAGCACCAUUCCCACUGUAGUGGGCCGAAACGUCCUUCCACGUAUGAGCCCACCCAACACCAGCUCAUCUGACCAGACCAAUGGCCUCAAUGGAGCUGCACCUAAGAGGCCCCACUCUCCUUCAACAGAAGAGCCACACAAGAAACUGAAAGAUACAGAGCAGGUGUUCUCUGAUGACUAUACAUUUAAAGAACCAUACCCACCUUCCUCAAACGGCGAGGAAUCAGGCGACGGCUCAACGGGGGAGAGUCUUGCAGUUACAAAGCCUAUGCCCAUUCCCACUAUUGAUACAUCAAGGACACAGAGACUUCCCAGUAAAGAACUGCCAGAUGCUUCCUCUCCAGUACCUACAAGCAACCUGCGUGUCAUUAAAAACUCAAUCAGACUCACUCUUAACCGAUAGCAGUGAGCUCUCCAAGGUCAUGGUAAAUGUGGCAGCCAUUCCAGGAUUUUGGGGUUUUUUUCCUUUUCGACUUAAUUUACCAUCAAUCGAACUCUGCUUGGAGGCUACUUGAGAGAGCCACACAACUGUGGACAGCAUCAAUGCUUUUAAUUUCAGGCUGCCACAGGUGCUCAUCUGAUCUUCCUUGAGUCAUUGUAAAACAGUAUCAGUAUAACGUAUUAGACCAUGUUCUUUUUAUAUAUAUAUAUAUAUACUGCCUCAAUGUGUCAAAAAGACUUGCUAAGUGGACACCUAUCUGAGCGUGUUUUCAAAUGUAACUUGUACAGUAGAUGUAGUUUGUAUAUAAUGUCUUUAAAGUCAUUGUUAAUCUUUCUAUACCAUUAUAUUGUAGUUUUUACUAACAAAAAAAACUUUAAAAAAAUGUGUUUUGUGUAAAAAUGUUUUGGUGGGUUUUUUUUUCUUUUUGUUUUGUUUGUUUGUUUUUCCUCCCUGUCCCCCCCUUCUCUCUCUCUCUCUUUUUUUUUUUUUUUUUGCUAUGACUGUCAUGAUUUUGAAUAAUGUUUUGACCAGGAUAUUUUUGUAGGCUGAGGGAUAUGAGUGGGCUGGCCAUGUCCUAAAUGUGACCUAUUUGCUGAUCUCUUCGCCCCCCGACCCAGCACAUAUGUAUUUACUGCACCGACAACGUGCAGUAAAUACAACCUCAAAAAUUUGAAGGCUGAGGUUGGAUCUUGUUUGUUAGGCAUGGGUGGACAGAGCUGGUCAUGUUAGGCUUGUGUUUUGAUGAAAUGGGUUAUAUUAUUGCAGUAUGCGUGAGUGUGUGUCUGUGUGAGUGAGAGAUUUAUUCCCUGACAUUAGGGCUUCACCCCACUGCGCCUCCCAUGGAGGUUUUGUUGGCAGCAGCAUCUUACUUUCAGCAAAUGGAGACACAUAGAGAAAAUUAUUUCUCAGUGCUUUUUUUUUUUUCUCUCUCUCUCCCAAAAACCACUGCUCUCCCCAUAGAUGUACAGUUUAAAAAAAAAAAGUAUUAAAAACAAGGCUUACUACUCAUUUUGGGGUUUCUUCACCUUUUAUUUAUUUGCUUAUUUGUACCGAAUAAUUUUUAUAUUUCAGGCAUUGCAGUUUGAGGUUUCUUCAAACCUUUAUUUCCACAAGCAGGUUUUGGCAUUUGGUGUUAAAAUUUGUUUGGGGGGAAAUACAAACUAUAUAUAUAUAUACACACUUGUUCUUUUUUUCUUUGGUAAGGCAAAAGUUCUAUUUCAAUACGUAUUUUUGUAUAUAAUGUAUUCUGCCUCAUUGAAACUGAGACCAUAAAAAAAGUUACAAACCCCAUAA